GCGCGACACCCCGAGGUGAUGGCCGGCAGCGACUGGGCGCAACUGUUGCGGGAGAAUGCAGAGGCUGCAGCAGACAUCUCCAGUCUGGUGGCGGCAGCAUUGCCACGCCCACCAUCCACAGAGACAUCGGGAUACAGCAAUAUGCCAGACAGGAUCAAGCAGAAGAUGAUGGCCAGACUUAUGGAGGCCGCUCGCAGUGGGAGCGCACGAGAAGUGUGGGCGCUGCUGCUAGCCGGAGUGGCAAAGGACGCCCGAGACGGCAGAGGAAAUACGGCGCUGCACCUGGCGGCCGACGGAGGGCACGCCAUCACUGUGAAGCACCUGCUCGAUGCGGGACUGGAUGCCAACAGUGUCAACUCGAAUAGGAGGACGCCCCUACACCUGGCAGCUCAGAGAGGGAACACGGAUGUAAUAUGGAUGCUGGUGAGAGCGUCAGCACGAGUAGACGCUCAGGAUGCCACGGGGCAGACUGCGCUCCACGUGGCUGCGAGUGUGAACACUGCUGUAAAAGAUGAUAGAGUACAUGUAGUGAAUACACUGCUCCUGGCGGGUGCGACAAAAGAUAUAACUGACUUAAAGAAGCAGAAACCUGAGCAUUUGGCAACCGUAUCAACAAAAACAGCUUUCAGCACUUUCAACACUGUUUCCAGUCCUUACAUUGACUUGUAAUAAAGUUUUACUUUAUUGUUGUUGCUGUAUACACUACAUAUUUAGCUAAAACAGUUAAGAUUCCAACUAACUUUGAUCAGGUACAGUGAUCUAGAUGUCAUCGUGCAGGCAGUGAAUUUCGUUUUAGUGUCUAAUCCUCUCAAGAAUAAACCAACUCUCAGCACACUACUUCUACUUAAACAUCUACUUAAACAACAUAUAUCUCCAGAUCCAGAUGUAAAAGGAAUGAGAUCCUCAAAAAGUUCGCACUUAUAUGAAGUUUCAGCUGAAAAUCACACAAAACUUCAUCCACAGACAUUCGUAGCUUUAUUUUGGAACCCUUAAUCCAUGCACACAUUGCCUCAGUCAUAGAACUGUGUAGUAUUUUUGUUAGAAGUUAUGAUACACAUGUGCACCAGUGAAUCCAAAUGUAUAGUGAUAAAGGCUAUUGCAUUUGAAUAAAGUU